CGGCCGCGAGCGCCGCCUCGCCCCGCUCUGCGUUGCCCGCGGCGCCAUGGCGAGCCCCGGUGGGCGGCGAGCUUCCCUGCUGGAGCUGCGGGGGGUGCUGCUGCCGCCGCGGCGGCGGGCCGAGGCCGAUGCCGAUGAGGGCGAGGAGGAGGGCGAGGAGGAGGGCGAGGAGGAGCCGCGCUUCGGGGAGGCCGCGCUCCUGGCGGCUUCCGGCAGCGGGCCGGAGCUGGCCGCCGCGCUGCCCCCGCGCCGAGCCGUUAUUAUACAAGAUGAAGAAUCCAAAAAGGAGUAUGAAGUAGUUGGACGUUUUCCGUUAGUGGGCCCUUGGUGGACAGUUAAUGUUAAAAUUAAAAAAAUGGGAUUAAAAUACUUUGUGCAAGGAUAUCCAUCGUAUUUUCUGCGGACUGAUAUAGAGGAAAACAACCAACAAGUCUUUUCACUCUUUCUUAAGGAAUGUGCUGUUCCUGAUUAUUUUAAACAAGAAUUUUUUACUUGGCUUCCUAGGCAGUCUGUGCUGAGUUUUAGCAAACUUGAAGAAAAACUAAAACAAUUCCAACUUUCAUACUUAGAGAAGAGGAAGAAGCAAGGAGAUACCAAGGAUUUUGAUAUCUUUCAGUAUGUUUUGAAAUCUUUUGCAGGAAAGGCAGUAUUGGUAGCUAUGAAUUUUCCAGUGAUCAUGGAGUUCUUACCAGUUCUUCUGCCACGCCAUUUUUGCUGUAUUUUGGAGAAAGUGUGUUGGCAAAAAGAGACUGAAAGUAACAGUGGUGCAGAUGUUGAGAAAGAACAUUUCCAAGAUGUCUUUCUAACAAAAUUGAAGGAUAUAUUAAAGAAUGAGCCAUGGAAACUUGGAUUCAGCAGGAUUACCUAUAGAGAACUGAACCUUCCUUAUUGCGAAGCAGCAUGGGCAGCCUUCUGUCAGUGCAAACAUGUCCUCUGGAAGAUUCCUGAAUUGCAGAAGAAUGCAUUAAUUCUAUAUGAUCAGCUCAAGAAACAAUGUAGAGAAAUGGGACAUACUUAUGAAGAUCAAGAUGAAUUAACUCGUUUUGUAUCUAAAGAUAUGUCUAUUGAGCAUGCUUGGCAAUCUCUUGAAUUUUUGAAAGAUCAGCACAUAGUAAUUAGGGAGAAAAAAAUGGUGUUUCUGCCUCAUCUUUACAACUCGGAAAAAAACAUAGCAAUGCACAUAGGUGACCUUUUGUCAAACCAUUCAUGGCAACUAGAUGUUGAUGUGAGACAGGUACUUAAUGUUUCUGAGACAUCAAGAGAAAUAGUAGAUACUAAAAUGAAUGUUACCCAGGCUCAUGAAAUGGAGUGUGCUAAGGAAAAUAGUUCAGAAAAUCAUGAUUGUGAAAAUAGCUUCCUUAAAAAGGAAGUGGAGUCUACAUCUGGUUCCCAAAGUAAAGCAGAGGUAGACCUAGAUCAGGUGACUGCUAUGGAAAAGAUUUGCUCUAAUCCUGUCACAAUCAUAAGUGGAAAAGGAGGUUGUGGGAAGAGUACAAUAGUUAGCUGCCUUUUUCGUCACUUAAAGCUGAUGGAAAAAGAAGUGGAAGCUGCUUCUAAGGAUUUUGAGGGAGACCUGGAUGCAUCUGAGGAAUGGAAUACAUUUAAUCAUCAUUGGGAGUCAGAAAAUACUUGCACAAAAAAUCUUCUGAAUGUAUUAUUUACUGCACCUACAGGGAGGGCAGCAAGCCUUUUGAGUGAAAAAACUAGGUUUCCUGCGUAUACCUUACAUCAGAUCAUCUAUAGUUUUAAAUCAUGGAAGCAGAGUCAACAACUGCCAUGGAAGUUUUCUACUGUGACAAUUCUGGUUGUGGAUGAAGGAAGCUUGGUGUCUGUACAUAUUCUUAGUUUAGUGCUGAAGCUCUUAUGUGAGCAUGCUCAGCUUGCCAAACUUGUUAUUCUUGGUGAUAUUAGACAGCUCCCAAGCAUAGAUCCUGGUAACAUGCUAGCUGAUGUCUUCGAGGGCCUAAAAUCCAAAGGGCUAUCUGUGGAACUGCGAACUAAUCACAGAGCUGAAUCGCAAUUAAUUGUAGACAAUGCAACGAGAAUCUCUAAUCGGAAGCUUCCUGAAUUUGAUGAAGUGGUAAAAGUUGCUGGUUGGAAUGAAGAACUGAAAAUGCCAAGCCCUGAGAAGAAAUUCAUUUUUAUUGCUUUGCCCUCUGGUGGGGGCUGUGACAAUUUGCAGACUGCCAUAAAGACUUUACUUAAAAAAGGACCAGGAUUGCAGGAUGCCAGACAAUCACAGUUCAUUGCUUUUAGAAGGCAAGAUUGUGAUCUAAUAAAUGAACUUUGUUGCCAGUACUAUUCAAACCAUUUAACCAGAGACCAUAAAAGACGACUUGUAUUUCAAACUGAUGACAAGAUUUGUUGCAUGCGAAAUACCUAUCUCAAGGAUCUCUUGCCAGGCCGUGGUUUCAGCAGGAAUCCUGAUCCUGAUUGCUGUGAAUACAAAAGUGGAAAACCCCCACUAGCUGCAGAGACUAUUGAGGAAAGCAAACGACUGUGCAAUGGAGACAUAUUUUUCAUAGCAGAUGAUGUAGAAAUUAAUAAACAGCGCUUACUGACCAUCAGCACCACAUAUGGCUCCACAUUCACUGUGGUGUAUAAGGCAUUGAAGAAGCUAUGUCAUAUAAAACAUGCAUGGGCCAGAACUAUUCACACAUUUCAGGGUUCCGAGGAAAAAACUGUUGUCUAUGUAGUUGGGAAUCCAGGUCGUCAGCACUGGCAGCAUGUGUACACGGCUGUGACCAGAGGACGCUGCCGAGUCUAUGUUAUAGCUGAAGAGAUGCACCUCAAGAAAGCAGUCACUAACAGGAACAUCCCCAGAAAAACUCGCUUACAGAAAUAUUUGAGAGAGACCAUUGCAGAAAUAAACAACCGUGAAAAAAACCAAACUUCUCCUCCCCUGAAGAAGAGCUGGCAAAAUCAAGAAUUUGAGAUUCAGUCUGUUUCUGUAACUGCAGAGGCUCCUGGCUCAUCUGAUCCUGUAACUGACUCGAUUAAACAAGAAGGGUCUGCAGUUCUUAGUGAAGAGCGGACCAGUAGUUCACAGCAGAUAAGUCCAAAUAAAAGACAAAGGAGUCUUACGGCAAACUCGGGGGAUGUUAUGGAAACACCCGUGACAAAUGAAGACUCCCCACUCGCGUCUUCCAGACUCAAGAAUCUAACUUUGGAACAUAUAACUCCUAGGAAGCUUUUCAAAAGCUAACAAGCAAUCAGCUGUUGUCCUAAUGAGUAUACUUGUUUUCUACAGCUUUAAAAUAAGGUUUCUGGACUGGAGAAACUAGAUAUGCAGAGAUUUUCAACAACUUUCUUGUAUUUCUAUUUUUUUGGAAGGGCAGCUUGUUUUAAAGUUAGCCUUUCGUAUUUUCAGUGAUCUGUUAUUAGUAGAAGAUAUGUUGGUGUGUUAGUCACCAAAACCAUACCAUUCUUUUAUUUGCACAAAAAAAUCAACUUACAGGCCUAUUAUGAGCCAGAUGUUUCCUUGAAUAAUACAUUGGAAUUUCUUGGUUUAAACAUUCUAUCUGUGCCAAGUUGUACAGAGCUUGUAAUGCUGCAGCAUUGAUUAGAAGCUGUUGUUGCCUUUCCAAAAACUACAGUGUGCUCUUGAGUCAAAAGCUAGACAGUGUCCAAAGGGGACUUCAGCCGUGUCCGAUAGGGCAGAACUAUGGGCACGAAGCUUGGCAGGAUCAUGAAUUUCAAUCUUGUUAUGAACAGAACAAGCAAGUUUCAAUCAUCACUGACCCGCAAAGAAAAAUUUUCCCCUUGGUACCUUAGGAGAUGUAAAACUUGCCACUGCUGUUUCCACCCAAUGAAGUUUUAUGCUGCUAAUGAUCUUGGUAAGAAAAGCAAAAUUCCAAGUCACAGUUCAAAUAAUGUACCUUUUCUGCCCCCCCCCCCCCUAUUUUUUCUUCUGUGCUACUUGACUUGAUGCACUGUAAUUUUCAGGAUUAAAUAACCUGAAUGUUUUAAUCAGACUUCAGACCAGCGCUACUGAAAUCUGAAUGGCUUUUUGUCCUGCCAUAACAAAAAUUUUUUUAUAGGUAGGUAGGUAGGUAAGUGUACCACAAAUGUAAAGAUGGUAUUUUUUUUAUUAAAACUGUAAUUAUAUGUGUGUAGAACAAAAUUAAAGUAGAAGAGUACUACCUCA